GAGAACGUAGAACAUUCUGGCUUUUUCAAGAAAAGACGGACUCCCUAGUAUUCGGAUGGAAUCGUUUUGUUGAAGAAGGCAUUAAAUACUUGGUAUUGGAACGAGAAGUAGACUGGGCUUUAGAUGACACCGUCGACGUCCUCUCUGGUGAUACAGCAGAAUUGAAUGUAAUUGGGUGGUCGUGCAAACUUGAAAAGUAUAACAUUAUUGCAAAGUCAAAAAUCGCCUCCGUUCCCUAUGACAAGGCAAAGAGGAGUCUAACAUACAAUCGAGUUACGAGAAUAACAAAAGUCCAUCUUCCACUGUAUACAGAUGCAUCGCCUUAUUUAACUUGGAAAACAGAAGGGUCAUUUUGCUCUGAAGAUGACGUGAUAGUGAUUUUCAAAGGAUACUCUGACCAGCCGCUUGAAUUGCACUUCAUACCAAACACUGACAAGAGCUUUUAUUUGGAAAGUGAAGGGAAGAGUGAGGGGCAAACGGAAGAAGUAAUAAUAUCCUCAUUGCAUGGGAAACGUUUCUCCUUACCAAAACUGGUAACCAGAGGAGGCGAAUCGAAUGAAGAUUCAUACAGUUAUGAAAGAGGAAACCAGGAAAAACACAAUUAUCAAGAAGAUGAGGAAGAAGAAAUAACCACUGAACGUCCAGUGAUCUCGCGGAAGGAGGAUGGUCUAGAAAAAAAAACAGUCAAUCUACUGGUACCAGAGCAGGUUGACAGUUUUAGUCCUGAAUAUCUUGAGGGCAAUGCUGAAAGAGGAGAACGUAGAACAUUCUGGCUUCUUCAAGAAAAGACGGACUCCCUAGUAUUCGGAUGGAAUCGUUUUGUUGAAGAAGGCAUUAAAUACUUGGUAUUGGAACGAGAAGUAGACUGGGCUUUAGAUGACACCGUCGACGUCCUCUCUGGUAAUACAGCAGAAUUGAGUGUAAUCGGGCGGCAAUGCAAACCUGAAAAGUAUAACAUUAUUGCAAAGUCAAAAAUCGCCUUCGUUCCCUAUGACAAGGCAAAGAGGAGUCUAACAUACAAUCGAGUUACGAGAAUAACAAAAGUCCAUCUUCCACUGUAUACAGAUGCAUCGCCUUAUUUAACUUGGAAAACAGAAGGGUCAUUUUGCUCUGAAGAUGACGUGAUAGUGAUUUUCAAAGGAUACUCUGACCAGCCGCUUGAAUUGCACUUCAUACCAAACACUGACAAGAGCUUUUAUUUGGAAAGUGAAGGGAAGAGUGAGGGGCAAACGGAAGAAGUAAUAAUAUCCUCAUUGCAUGGGAAACGUUUCUCCUUACCAAAACUGGUCAAUCUACUGGUACCAGAGCAGGUUGACACUUUUAGUCCUGAAUAUCUUGAGGGCAAUGCUGAAAGAGGAGAACGUAGAACAUUCUGGCUUCUUCAAGAAAAGACGGACUCCCUAGUAUUCGGAUGGAAUCGUUUUGUUGAAGAAGGCAUUAAAUACUUGGUAUUGGAACGAGAAGUAGACUGGGCUUUAGAUGACACCGUCGACGUCCUCUCUGGUAAUACAGCAGAAUUGAGUGUAAUCGGGCGGCAAUGCAAACCUGAAAAGUAUAACAUUAUUGCAAAGUCAAAAAUCGCCUUCGUUCCCUAUGACAAGGCAAAGAGGAGUCUAACAUACAAUCGAGUUACGAGAAUAACAAAAGUCCAUCUUCCACUGUAUACAGAUGCAUCGCCUUAUUUAACUUGGAAAACAGAAGGGUCAUUUUGCUCUGAAGAUGACGUGAUAGUGAUUUUCAAAGGAUACUCUGACCAGCCGCUUGAAUUGCACUUCAUACCAAACACUGACAAGAGCUUUUAUUUGGAAAGUGAAGGGAAGAGUGAGGGGCAAACGGAAGAAGUAAUAAUAUCCUCAUUGCAUGGGAAACGUUUCUCCUUACCAAAACUGGGUAAGUAUUAUGAAGCGCACAUUAUUGAUUGA